CCCCCCCUCCUUCAUCAUGAGAGAACCUCAGCCACGGUGUAGAGGAUAAUGUAGGAUAAUUUUGACGUGUUUGUACGAUAAUUCCCCGCGACGUAGUCCGACGUACACGUUACAGCAAGGUUUCAGCAUACGUCGUUUUCAACUGUCAUUUGUUUGUGAAUUGUGAUCUUUUUGCUAUAUAUGUUUUGUGCUUUUUGCCGUUAACGGUUAUUUUGAAAUUUGACCGUGAAUUUUUUAUUAACCGUAAUGAAAGUUGUCUUGAGAUUAUAAACAGUGCUAAUAAAUGUUUUUUUGUGUUACCAGAGCAAAAAAAGAGCAUCAGUAGCAAUGAUUUUAGUGAAAUAACAAAUAUGGUCUAAGUUUGCAAUAUUUGAAAUGGAUAAACAGAACUUCAAAGACCCGAAAAAUAUCGAUUUCAAGAACCUUCAGUCAUUCAUUGAUGCAGGAAAAGAAUCUUUAGGAUGUCUUCCCCCAGAUUUCGAUAAAAACUUGGCUCUUAUCCCAGGAUUACCAUUCAAAGAUGUGGAUACAAUGAAUUAUCACUUUCCAUCACUGGACAGCCAAGAUGUGUGGAAGGAAAGUCCAGGAUUCAUGCUCCCAGAUUUUGAAAUUGAACUAAGAAAAUUCACCAACAGUAUAGAAACUAUGAAGGAAAGCUCAAAAGACAAUUUCAGGCAUUCUCUGUCUCAAUUAGAUUAUAUGAGAAAUUCAUUAAGUGGCAAAGAAAGUCUAGGCAUACUUAAAAUAGAAAAUCUAGAUAUAUCAUUUGGUGAAUCAUCUUUAAAUCCCCUAAAUGAUGAACAAGAUAUUAUUGAGAGAUUGAAUACUGCUCAUAUAUUCAACAAAUCUGCUGGAUUAGAUGUUUUUGGAUCACAGUCUGGACUAAUAACACCAAGAAGGUUAAUAAAAUCUGACUCUGCAGCUGCAGCUUUAUCAACAAGGGCAAUUUACACACUAAGUGAGAAUCAAUCAUCAAACGGUUUGAUGACUGAUGUGAAUGACAGUGUUUUUACAGAAAAACUCAAAUCCAGUCCAUAUGCUAAUGAUGAUGAAACAAUUGGAGACCUUUCUUGCAUUGCAAAGGAUCAUGACAUGGUAUAUUUAGAUUGUACACCGCAACCGGAUUGGCCAAGUGAUUUAGAAAAUAGUAGCAGAGAAAGUGCUAAAUUGCACAGAGAAGAUGUAUUUAAAGAAAUUGACAUAAAAAUACCAGUAACAUCACAAAUGCAAAACCAAAAAGCAACUGGUUCAGUUACAUCUCAUCCUGAAGAAAACAGGCAAACAAAAGUUACCCAAGUAGUAGGAAAUAUUGUACAACCAGAUACAUGUGAGCUUACUCCAGAAAAAGCUUUACAAAACAUCUCGGACAUAUUGAAUAAAUCUAAUAUUAGUGCUGAAGAGAAGUCAAAGGGACAAAUGUUGAUACUACAACUUUCAGAAAUUCUAUCUAACACAAAGUUGGAUACUUCAAGAUCACCUAAAGAGGUUCCAUCAAUUUACCCUAUCAAUGAUUCUGGAAAUUGUACAAAACAAUACUCCCAAUCCUUCGAUAAAGAAAAAUAUGAGGUUUAUGAGGUGCUUGAUCUGAGCAGAAAAAGCUGUGAGGCUCCUAAACUAGAAACAUCUCCGAAUAAACCAUUAAACUUGUCUGCUAUCCCAGACUCUGUAAAGAUCUUGAAUCGCUCCAAUUCUCAACCUGUUAUAAAUACCAAUGCUGGUGAUCAGAAAGGUGCUGCACAAGAGACCAUAGUUAGCAAAGUGAGCAGCAAAAUGACGGUGAAGAUAAAUGUUAUCAAGCCAAGUCCUCCAUGUGUUAGCUUAAGGAAAACACAAAAGCAGAAUGGCAAACCAAGCAUCACUACCCAGAAGGGUCCAUUAAAGGCUGUUAUACCUGUUAGGGAUAUGAAACGAGGAUCAAGUGUCACGCCUGAAAGGUCUGGUGUUGCUUCAUCUAUGAAAAAAGCUAAGACUCCACAGGAUUCAAAGCCUAAACCUUUGGCUUCCUCUACGCCAACAUUUGGGAAUGAAAAUAAUGCCACAUCGAGGCUUCAGUCAACUGUUCCAUCACGACCUGCAACUUCUAAACGACCACUGGCUCCAAACAGUGCUAACAAAAAUAUUAAACAAGGCAGCUGUCUGAAUAAAAAAGAUAUAAAAUUCCCUUCUUCCAGGAUAAGUUUAGGUUCCUAUGAUCCUUCAUCUUCGAAGUUGAAGCAAAACUCGUCUAUGCCAAGGAGAAGCUUGCCUGUGACACCAGUUACAAAUAAGGUUCAAAAAGUUAAGAAAGCCGAUAAAGAAAAUAUUCCUAAGUGAGACUACUUUAUAUACUAUCAUCAUGGAUGAUGCGCUCAGAAUAUACCUGAGUUGUGAUGCUUGUGAUUUCUUAUAUUACCUUGAAAAACUAGUUUUGUAAGCUAUAUACUUUAUUUUUUAUGGUCUGAAACAAAUACAAUUUUUAUUUUGCAAAACA